AAAAGCUGCUGUGGAUUAACACAGGCGCACACAACCACCAUUACUGGCAACACCAAAGUAAGACUGUCAGGGAACUUAGUCUGAGCUGUCUAAAAGGAUGUGUUAUUCCUACUUACUGCAUGAUGCCAGUAGAAGGAAAUGCCAGAGCCUCUCUGCACUGCCUCAUUAAACUGCAUGAUCUUGAGUAUUCCUGGGCCAAAUGAGAAAAGUCCUGAAUGCAACGGUAUGUUUAAACAGCCCCACCCUCCUGGAUUGGUUGAUAUCUAAGUAAGUUAACAACCGGCAAAUCCCUUAGUUGGUGGCAGCAGAAGAGCAACAUGCCUCUGGAUUAGUUUCAGAAGACACAGCUAUCAGCAGCCCAUUGCCAAGGAAGUCUUGAGAACAGGGAAAUGGACAAACCAAAGAAAGGGUUAUUUGCUGGAAUAAAGUUAAAGAAGAAGAAGAAAACAGACAAGGGGUUAACGAUUGCAAACAAAGGAGCAGUGGGUGAACAUGAUGACACAGAUAGUCUCCAACAAGAAGUCCUUCCUGGUCAAGAUGGAGAAGAAGGAGAAACGAUGUAUGAUGACGCAGCCUCCACCAGUAGCUUUGGCACCACUGGCAUUUGGAGUAAGAGAGCAAAAGCAGGAGCGAAGAUCCACGAAGGAGAGGUGAAAACCCAGAAUUAUCAGAUCGCCAUAACAAUAAUUGAGGCUCGGCAGCUUGUAGGCGAGAAUAUAGAUCCCGUGGUGAUAAUAGAAAUUGGGGACGAAAAGAAGCAGACGACAGUCAAGGAAGGGACCAACUCACCAUUUUACAAUGAAUAUUUUGUAUUCGACUUCAUCGGACCUCAAGUUCAUCUAUUCGACAAAAUUAUCAAGAUUUCUGUUAUGCAUAACAAGCUGAUAGGAAGUAUAUUGAUUGGCUCCUUUAAAGUAGAUCUGGGGACAGUAUACAACCAACCAGGUCAUCAGUUUUGUGACAAGUGGGCCCUUCUCACAGACCCCGCUGACAUCAGGACAGGAGCCAAGGGAUACCUGAAGUGUGAUAUCAGUGUUGCGGGGAAAGGAGACAUAAUACAAGCUGGCCAGAAAACAAGUGAUGCAGAAGAAAAGAUAGAGACGAACCUCUUGAUUCCCAAAGGGUUUCCAUCCGAAAGGCCUUGGGCUAGAUUUUACGUAAGAAUCUACAAAGCGGAGGGGCUUCCCAAAAUGAACUCAAGUAUCAUGGCUAACGUCACCAAAGCAUUCAUAGGGGACAGUAAGGACCUUGUGGAUCCAUAUGUAGUGGUCAUGUUUGCUGGUCUAAUGGGACGGACCACAGUGCAGAAGAAUUGUGCCGAUCCUGUGUGGCACGAACAAAUUAUCUUUAAGGAGAUGUUUCCUCCGCUUUGCCGAAGGGUCAAAAUCCAGGUGUGGGAUGAAGGCAGCAUGAAUGAUGUGGCUUUAGCCACUCACUUCAUAGACAUUAAGAAGAUAUCUAAUGAACAGGAUGGUGAUAAAGGUUUUUUGCCCACCUUUGGGCCUGCUUGGAUCAAUCUCUAUGGCUCGCCUAGGAACCACAGCUUAAUGGAUGACCACCAGGAGCUCAAUGAAGGCUAUGGGGAAGGCGUUUCCUUCAGAGGACGCCUUCUGAUUGAACUUGCGGUGGAGAUCCUUUCCGGAGGGGCCCAUGAGUCAAAGUUUUCAAAGAUCAUCAAGGACAUCAAGCUGCCUUCCAAGGACAAAGGCUCUAAAGGAUCAGGAAAAGAGAAAGACAAAGGGGCAGAAGAUGGAAAGUCUCCUCCUUCAGAUAAAACAAACUCAACAGAUGUAGAAGUGGAGCCUUUUGAUGUCCCACCAGAGAUCCAUGGAGAACAAGUUGAGGACUUUCUUCUCUUCGGGGCAUUUUUUGAAGCUACAAUGAUUGAUAGAAAGAUUGGAGAUAAACCGAUAAGUUUUGAGGUUUCUCUUGGGAAUUAUGGGAAUGCUAUUGAUGGAGUGUCACCAGGAUCUGGAGCGAAAAAGAAAGGACAUGAAGGAGAUGAGGAAGAAAGUGCCCCAUUGUUGCACGAGGGAACUGGAGAUGCUUCGCAUGACAUUGCUGUGCCAUUGGUAUCCACCACACAUCCCGAGAAGCCGCUUAUCACUGAGGGAAACAGAAACUACAGUUACUUACCAUAUGAUGAGAAAAAGCCCUGUGUCUACAUAAAAAGCAGUUGGGGCGACCAGACGUUCAGGCUAUAUUUCUCUAAUAUCCUUGAAAAAAUGGCAGAUCUUCUGGAAGAAGGUUUAGAACAAGUGAAAGACUUAAUUAAAGUUUCUGAGACGGUUUCAGAAGAGAAAAUGAGGUCUACUCUGACUGAUUUUAUCAACCAAAGUAGAGUCUUCAUUGCAAAUGCUGAAAAGAAGCCCAAACUGAUGAAUCAGACGGCUCUGGACAAAAAGAGGUUGACUUUAUGUAAGCAAGAACUGGAGGCAAUGUCCAAAGAUGCCAAAGGGAUAAUCCAACAACAAAAGAAGAAGAUCCCCCUCGACGAAAUGAUGCGUGAAACCCAGAAUUUUAUUGAAAAUAUCCGCUUUUUAGUGGAUGAGCCCCAGCAUACAGUGCCUGAUGUGUUCAUCUGGAUGCUAAGUAACAACAAAAGAGUUGCGUAUGCAAGGAUCCCGGCCAAAGACUUGCUUUAUUCCCCCGUGAACGAGCAGAGAGGAAAACACUGUGGAAAGAUUAAAACCCACUUCUUAAAAUUGCCAGGAAAACGGCCUCCGGGCUGGAAUGUCAAUGGAAAAGUUGAUACCUAUUUCUGGCUUGGCUCCACCAAAUAUGCCCAUACUAUUUUGGACAACCUACCUGUUGGAUAUGAAACAGAAGUGGCAGCAAGUUCAGGACACCACAGCCCUCCUCCACCUGUUAAUCUGGUCUACAAAACCAAAAAUGUCUUUCAGCUGAGAGCCCACAUGUAUCAGGCUAGAGGGCUCAUUGCAGCUGAUACCAGUGGGCUUUCGGAUCCUUUUGCCAAAGUAACUUUUGUUUCACACUGCCAGACCACAAAGAUCAUUCACCAGACUUUGUCUCCUACUUGGAACCAAAUGCUGCUGUUUAAUAAUAUUGUACUUCAUGGAGAUGGGAAAGAAUUUGCAGAGUUUCCUCCAGUUGUUGUUAUAGAGCUCUAUGAUGAUGAUGCAGUGGGUAAAUCAGAAUAUAUAGGCUCUACUGUGGCUGCCCCAAUAACAACAUUGGCUGGUGAUAAAUAUGAGCCACCUAAACUUACUUACCACCCAGUGUAUUGUGGAAACCUUUCAGGAGGGGAUCUCCUUGCUGCAUUUGAGCUACUUCAGGUCCCAGAUUCUGGUCCUCAAGGCCUCCCACCUGUAGAUGGUCCAGAUGCCAGUUUGAUGUACCCAGUUCCAGCCAACAUCAGACCUGUUUUAAGUAAAUACCGGGUGGAGGUUCUCUUCUGGGGUCUUCGCGAAUUGAAGAAAGUGCAGCUGCUCUCGGUGGAUCGUCCACAAGUUCUCAUUGAAUGUGCCAGCAAAGGAGUAAAGUCAUGUGUCAUCCAAAGCUACAAAAACAACCCUAAUUUCAAUAUCCUGGGAGACUGGUUUGAAGUGGAACUGCCUGAAAACGAGCUGCUGCACCCACCCCUUAGCAUUUGCGUUGUGGACUGGAGAGCCUUUGGCCGCAGUACUCUGGUCGGGACGCACACCAUCAACUGCCUGAAGCAGUUCCUAUUCAAGCCUAAAGAACUGCCUGCUCCACCAACAAAAGAGGCCGACAUCAUAGAAGUCGAUAAAGUUACAACCACAUCAAUUCCAGCUCAAUCUCUUCAGCCUCCACAGCCACCAACAGAUCAUGUCUACAUCAAUAUGGAACAUGGGGCAUCUGACCUAGCAGCCCCUGAGCCACAAAUAGCAACAGCACCAGCUCCAGCUCCGGCACUUGGGACAAGGCCACCUGCUUUGCUGAAAUCUACACCAUCUUCUCCCUUUGAUGCUACAAAAGAUGAGAAACAAAAAGGUUUAAGAAAAUCAACCCGGAGGUCCAGUAAGAGAAAAAAAAGAACCAUAGCUGAUGAAUCUGCUGAAAAUGUGAUUGAUUGGUGGUCCAAGUAUUAUGCUUCUGUCCAAAAAGUACAAAAGGCAAAGGUGCUUGACUUCAGUGAUGGAAAACCUGGAAACACAAAGGAGACUUCUGGCCACGUGGCAUUAAGCAUUGAUGAUGAGCCAGACAAAAAGAAGAAAGAUAAAUUGCUCAAGAAGGCGGUGAAACUAGCGCCUGCAAAUCUAGCCACCAUGGAGGUCUAUGAUGGAGACCUGGAGAGUGAAUUUCAUAAUUUUGAAGACUGGGUGAAAACAUUUGAACUCUUCCGGGGCAAAGCUACAGAUGAAGAUCACAGCAGUUAUGAGGACAGGAUAAUAGGGAAAUUUAAGGGCUGCUUCUGCAUAUACAAAAGUCCCGAAGAUUGCUGCUCAGGAGAUGGAAACCAACUGAGGAUUCUCCAGGGCUUGCCUCCAAAUCACUCUGUAAAAGUUCUAAUCAGAGUAUAUAUUGUCGCAGCUUUUAAUCUGAGUCCAGCAGAUCCAGAUGGCAAAUCUGACCCUUACAUUGUACUUAGACUGGGGAAAACAGAAAUUAAAGACCGAGACAAUUAUAUUCCCAAGCAGCUAAAUCCAAUUUUUGGAAGGUCGUUUGAGAUUCAGGCCACUUUCCCGAAGGAGUCCCUGCUUUCAGUCCUGAUCUAUGACUAUGACUUGAUUGGUUCAGAUGAUCUUAUUGGAGAAACCAAAAUCGAUUUGGAAAACCGUUUCUACAGCCGGCAUCGAGCUACCUGUGGGUUGCAGAGUCAAUACGAAAUUGAAGGAUAUAAUGCCUGGAGAGAUGCCACCAAGCCAACAGAAAUCCUAACCAAGCUCUGCAAAGAUAACAAAUUGAAUGGGCCCUACAUGCAACCUGGAAAGAUACAAAUUGGGGAUAAAGUCUUUACUGGGCAGACAGUAUUCCAGGAAGAUGAAAAUGAGGAGCCAGUAGAGUCAUAUGAACAUCUUGCGCUGAAAGUCUUACGUUCCUGGAAAGAUAUCCCAGGGGUUGGUUGUAAACUGGUACCUGAACACAUUGAGACACGGCCUCUCUACCAUAAAGAUAAGCCUGGCAUGGAACAGGGUCGUGUGCAGAUGUGGGUGGACAUGUUUCCCAAGGACAUGCCUCUCCCAGGGCCACCUGUCGACAUUUCACCCAGAAAACCCAAAGGUUAUGAACUCAGAGUAAUCAUCUGGAAUACUGAAGAUGUCAUUUUGGAAGAUGAGAAUAUCUUCACAGGACAAAAAUCAAGCGACAUCUAUGUAAAAGGGUGGUUGAAAGGCCUUGAAGAUGAUAAGCAGGAGACAGAUGUUCAUUACAACUCAUUGACCGGAGAAGGAAACUUCAACUGGCGCUUUGUGUUCCCAUUCCAUUACCUCCCAGCUGAGAAGCAAAUGGUGGUCUCCAAGAGGGAGAAUAUCUUUUCCUUGGAUAAAACAGAGCGCAAAAUCCCAGCAGAGCUGGUGCUUCAAGUGUGGGACUUCGAAAGGCUGUCUUCGGAUGACUUCCUGGGCUCCCUUGAAAUGAACCUGAAUGGUUUUCCUCGAGCCGCCAAAACAGCCAAGCGCUGUGACAUAAGCAUGGUAACUGCAACCAUCGAGGAGAACAAGAUUUCCAUAUUUCAGCAGAAGAGAGUCAGAGGCUGGUGGCCUUUCAUCAAAGCUGGAGAACUCACGGGCAAAGUGGAAGCUGAAUUUCAUUUAGUCACUGCAGAGGAAGCUGAGAAGAAUCCCGUAGGCAAAGCUCGUAAAGAGCCGGAACCAUUGGAAAAGCCCAACCGGCCUGAUACCUCCUUCUCCUGGUUUGUGAACCCUUUCAAGUGUCUGUACCACCUCAUCUGGAGAAAUUACAAGAAGUACAUCAUCAUUGCCCUGAUUCUGCUUAUCCUGGUUAUCUUCCUGGUGCUUUUCAUCUACACUCUCCCUGGUGCCAUAAGCCGUCGGAUUGUCGUGGGAGGAGGCUCUUAGAAGACUUGUGUCUAAAUCAUGGCCCAGACUAACCACUCACUACCACUCAGCUUGUACCCAGAAUAACAUAUUCUAAAAUCUUAAAUGUUAUCUUAACAUUAAACUCCUUAUUUAACAUGGCUUUUUGAUUUUCUGUCCUGGGGCCAAAAUUAGAGAUAAAGAAGGCUGAAACCCAGAUUUCUCUAAUCAUGGCCAACAGGCAUGAAUUCUGCAGCUGUGCAUGUGCAAGUAAAAUACAGCCAUGUUCCAGAUGUGACAACUCCAGUCCCCAAACAUCUCAAAAUCAGUUUUUUUUUCAAUAUUUGUUGGCGUUCAUAAGCAUCAUCAUAGAAUACACGGGCCUUUCUCCCCUCAGCUGGAAUGAAUGGGGGGGUGCUUUUUUCUUUGCAGAAGAUAUCUGUGAGCACUGAAUCACAUCAAGGGAUCACAUCAUUAUUGGGUAUAGCUGAGCUUGCUUAAAUUAUAUUGAGAGAUUUAACUGGGGAUUAUUUGUUUUGUGGCUUAUGUUUUAGUGAUUUCAAUGGACAUUCCACACCCAUAUUUUACCAUUUAUAGUCCAAUGAAUGCAGACCACAGGUGGCCAAAAGGCUGUUGGGACGUUGACCCCUUGCACAAAAACCUGCAUAUGUUAUGAUGUCAGUGAGGUGAUCCAAAAACAGUGCUACUUGAGCAAAUUCAUUACACAAUGAAGUGCAAUACAAUGCAUAUAUGCUGUAGACUAGUGGCAAAGUGCAUCAUGGAUAUUAUGUCUCAAUAUAAAGGAUUAGCAUGUAUAUUCUAUAUGACAUGUCAGUGUAAAUGAUCAUUUGCAAUUGUGGUCUGUUUGUAUUUUAUUGCGGGGGGGGGGGUAGUUCUCUUAAAAUUUUACUACUGAUUACACUAUGUAACAAAAAAUGUGGUUUGAAAGUGUUAUUGUUCAAUUUGAACUACUUUGAAAGUAGUUGUUAUACUCCAGAAACUUUAUUUUUUGUGGCUUCCACAUACUAUGUUGAAUUGGUUGAAACUCAAUUGGAUAUUCAUUGAAAAUCUAUACCAAAAUGUGCUGCAGGAUGUCCUGCAAAAACAACGUUUUUACAGUUUAAUAAACGUUCCCUGUGUUUUUAUGAUACAACCAAUUAGGAAAUAACAUUUAUAAUCCA